AUGAAAUAUUUGGCUUGGAUCCAUGCCUAUGUCAUCAAGGAUAGGGACUUCUGGAACAUGGAAGGAGGUGCUAGUCUAAGUUGGAGCUUUAAUAGAAUUCUUAAACUUCGUAAUGUAGCACACCCUGUCCUCUCAAAUGGAGCUUCCACCAUUAGGGAAAUUUGGCUCGAGACUAGAUGCAAGGAAUCUAAAGUUCUUUGGCACACCUUGAUUUGGUUCCCUCAACACAUUCCUAAGCAUAGUCCGAUAGCUUGGAUGGCGUUAUUAGACAGACUUCCUACUUGCGACCGUCUUCUUCGUAUGGGAAUUACCACCAAUGGGAUUUGUGUUUUGUGUAACGAAAUGCUGGAAAAUCGGAAUCACUUGUUUUUUGACUGCCCCAUCGCUUCUUGUUUGAGAGGAAAAAUUAUGCUUCUUAUCGGUCUAAACAAGAACAUAUCUUGGGAGGACAUGGUAAAUUGGGCUUGUAACUCAUGGAAAGGUAAAUCUCUCAUCUCUACUAUUCUUAAACUUGCUUGGUGUGCUAACAUAUAUGUUUUAUGGGAGGAACGCAAUCGAAGAAUCUUCAAAGGAUGCUCCAAAACUGUCGAUGAUCUUCUCAACAGCAUCAAAGAUUAUGUUGGAAUCAAGCUUAGGGGAAAAACCAUUAACAGAAUUGACUAUGUAAACUCCAACCUCUGUACUUCUUGGGGUAUUUAUUAA